GGCAACUCCGAUUUAAGCGUAAGACUUAGGUUAAGACCGACAUUGGAGCUCGGGGCUUCAUUCAGGACAGUUCCGGGAUUUCCAAAGGUCGAAACAGAAGUCGAACAUGAAGAUCAUCGCCGUUAUACUCGCAGUCUCCUUCGUCGCCGUUCUGGGUGAACUCACGAACGAGCAGAAGGAAAAAGUAAAAGUGUACGAAGAACGCUGUAUCAGUGAAUCCGGCGUCGAUCCGAACGUCGUGAAAAAUGCGAAAGAAGGUACGGCCGAUGAAAGUGACGAGAAACUUGCCUGCUUUACCACAUGCAUGUUCAAGAAAUUUGGAAUUAUGAAGGAGAAUGGAGAUAUCGACGUAGAAGUGGCUCGCACAAAGAUACCUCCGGGAGUAUCACAGGAGGACGCCGAUCGCGUGAUCAAUAAUUGCCAAGGCAUUACUGGAACCGGUUGCAGGAAGGGAGCAAACCUGGCGAAGUGUAUUAUGGAGAAUAAGCCCUCUGUCUCGCAUUAAAUGUUGGAUGACACGAAACUUCAGCUUUCCUGUUAGAUAUAAUUAGAUUUAAGUUAGUUGAUGUUAAAUUGACGUUUUGUGCAUUAAUGUACAGAAUUUUGUUUCUAAAUAUGUUUUAUGAGGAAAUAAACGUAGUGUGCUCUG